GCUGAACUGGGUAGCACCUAAGAAGGAUAGUGAAGAGAAAGAAAGAGCAAUGAAUCAUAGAAAGGCAAUAGAGGAGCUUGUGAGAGGGCGUGAGUUUGCCAAUCAGCUUAGAGAAGUGAUUCAUGGAGAUGAUGAGUCAGGAAGUGGAAUCCCAUUUGCACAACAUCUUGUCAAUAACGUUCUUAGUUCAUUCACAAACACCCUCUUCCUUUUGGACAAUUAUCCCACUGUUGAAUCUCAUGAUAUGCAACAAAGAAACUCUUGCUUUCUUAGCCCCUCUAAAUCUGAGGACUCUCAAGAAAGUUGCAAGAGUUUCACCAGUAAGAACAGAAGAGGAUGUUACAAGAGAAGAAAAACUACAGAAACAUGGGAGAAGGUGUCAAAAACUCUAAUAGAUGAUGGCCACCAAUGGAGAAAGUAUGGCCAAAAAGCCAUACUCACCGCCAAAUACUCAAGGAACUAUUACAGGUGCACUCACAAGUAUGAUCAGAGUUGCCAAGCAACAAAACAGGUGCAGAGAAUUCAAGAGGAACCUCCCUUGUAUAGGACCACCUAUUAUGGUCAGCACACAUGCAAAGACUUGCUAAACUCUGAGAUCAUACUAGAUUCCACUUCCACUCCUGACACUUCUAUAUUGCUUAGCUUUAAUAACACCUUCCCUAAUCCAACCAAACAAGAGUGCCCCUUUUUAUCAUCAUCUUUUCCCUCAUCAUCAGUGAACAAGGAGGAGAUAAUUCCCUCAUCUUCCUCAGAUAAUUACCUGCUCUCCCCAGAGCCCAUUUUGGAUGAUUCUUCAUGGCAUAACAAUGUCGCUCUAUCAUCAUCCAAUCAAAGGGAUGUCAUGUCUUCGGUCUUGUGUGAUUCUGUUGACCUUGAUGAUGUCUUUCAGUCCUUAGUUGGAUUUUGAUGAAUGAUUGGGAAUGUUUUGGCAGGCAAAUGUAAAUUUCUUUUUCAGUUGACAAGAAUGCUUGAUAUUACCAAAAGUUAAUGAGAUAAUGUUACUAUCUUGAAAGUUGG